AGUUUUCUGCACUUAAUGCCUCAACUCAUCAAUAUAUGUAUCUUUGUAUUUGCAGUGAUCUUUGCCUCUGUGUUUUCUGAAGACUGGGGGGCGGCUGUUGUGCCCAGUAUGAAAGCACUGGUCACAUCUUGUGUUGUGGUACCCUGCACAUUCAAGUACCCUGGUACAGAACUUCCAGACUCACGUAUGAGGGGAAUCUGGCAUGAGAAAGCUGAUUGGAAAAAAAUAAUCUAUCAGGAAGAUAAAACAGUGAUUGUAGACAGCUUCAAGCGUCGCACAAAACUACUUGGCAGAUUGGGUAAUAAAAACUGCACUUUAGAGAUUGACGAAAUUAAAGACCAUGACAACGGCCCGUUCUGCUUCAGGGCUGAAAUCCCAGGUCAAGAUCAAAAUAAGUUUUCCUUUGUGGAAAACUGUGUGUCCUUGAUCAUGAUGCCGAAUCCAGACGAUCCAACGCUGGAUCAAAAGGAGGUCUUGGAAGAUGGAGUUCCUACCACUUUUAAGUGUUUUGUCCAACACACCUGUCCUAGCCACCCUCCCACCCUCACGUGGAGCCGUGCUAAUAAGGAUGCUACUACAAAAAACAGGCACCUUUCUAAUGGAGUGUGGGAAAUAGAGUCCUUGCUGACUUUAACCCCAACAGAGCAGGAUGAUCACACUCUGCUCAACUGCACUGCUUCUUUUCAUGGUGGCAAGAAAUCUUUAACCAGUAACCGUAUAUAUAUAAAACGUAAAGCCAAUAUCUUUCACAUCAUCAUUCCAGUGGUUGCUGUGAUUGGAACUGCCAUUUUAUUCGGAGGAGUCUGUUUCGUCAUGACCAAGAAAUACAAGAGGCAGAUUCAAGAGCUCCAGACUAGAGGCUCAGUCGGAAUGAGAAGUCGUCUCUCCAGGAUGUCCCACAGGUUCAGGUCAGUGGACUGGAGGACCACAGCAGUGCUUGGCCAAUUAUCUCUUUACAAUGAAUGUAAAAUGAUGAAUGAUGAUUUAUUGCAAAUGUCAUUUGAUGUGAUUCCUGCCAAAGUUGCAUGUCUGUUCUGACCAGAAGCCACAGGUCACAAUCAUAACCACCUACUACUCUGUCCACUGUGGGUGGUAAUGCCUUGUGUGAGGUAUUCUUGAUACACAAUUAUUAAACAUGAUAAUUCAUGUCACCUUGGCAUGAGCACACCUAACCACAUGUACAGAUCUGGGUGUUCCCAAGCCAUUUCUCUUCUUGAUUGAUUUACAUACUGCUAUCCCAUGACUUUUGGCAUAUCACUGUAAGUACACUGCUUACUGCCCAGAAAAAAUAGCUUUACAUAAAAAACAUUCUCAGAUAAUAUAUGUCAUUUGCACACUGUAUUAGGUAUUAUGCAUUUAUCCUGGUGUAGCAAAUAAGAGGCCAUGAAACAAUUACUACAGAGCAUGAUUCAUUUAACUAUUUCUAUUUUACUGAGUUACAGGAGUUACCGGGGGAACGAGCCUAGAGUGCAUAUGACCGCUAAGCCAAACAACCAUGUCAGUGCUGUGUCAGGAAAUGCAGGAUUCUCCAAACCUCGCUUUCCAUCUCCAAAGAGUGAACACAAGACCUACAGCAAAUCUCUGGAUACAUGCUCAGCAAACUACGAUGAGGACGAUUACACCAAUGUGGGGGACUUGAGCAUAUAUGGGAAUGUCUGAUGAUAGAUUAUAGAGAAGAUCGGAUCAGCCUCUUUUUGUAUUUCUUUGAUCUCAUUUGAUUAUGUCGGGACAUAUGUACAGUUCUGAUUUCCAAUCACACUUAAUUAGGUUUCAGCAGCAACAUAACAAAAACUAGAAGGACUGCAAAUCAGUAAAUUACAACCGUAAAAAAGGCAUAUCAACUUUGCAAAAAAUGUUAGUGAGCCUGGUUGUUUUGUGUACUUUUUUUUCUUCCGUAUUGUUUUUUCUUUCCCCCACAUCUUUUAUCAUUUUCACCUUGAGUCACAUAUUAAACUUAGCAGUGUCUUAUUUUGAAAGAGAGCUAUCACUAACCUUUUCUGCUCGGAUUUGACAGUAAAGACUAUUUUUUAAGGCAAGGCACUGCAGGUGAAUUUGAAUUUUUUGUGUUACAAAUAUUUUGCAAUUGUAUGUUUAGAUAUGCAAAUAAGGUCAUAUCUAACCAAAUAUGCAUAAAUCUGCAUACAUUUUAAGUAGACACGUUCUGUUUUAAAUUAUCUUUUCAGUUCGUUGACAUAUUAGAAUUAAACUUACUAGGGUAAUUUUGGGAUUUCUCUUUUUCAGCACUCCAGUAAUCCAAAAAAAAAACAAGUGUUCAUCAAGUUUGUGCAUUAAAUCUAAGUCAGGCAGUAAUGUACAGCGCAAAUGUAUAACUUAUAGGGAUAAAAUGUAAAUAUAGAAAUAUGUGUUAUAUAUAAAUGGUACCAAUUUGACUGAAGGCUGAAAGUUUGAAAAAAAAAAAAACAUUUUAGUAAAACAGCCUUAAUCUGUACUGUACCAUAUUUUUGCACUAUAAGGUGCACUUUAAAAUCAUUUAAUUUUCCCAAAAAUCGUCAGUGCAUCUUAUAUAUAACCCUGUGUGCAUUAUGUAUGUAUUAUUUUUUUUUAACAGUCAGGUUGUAAGGAGCAGUAAAGUCACUUCACUGAAGUACAGUGUUUUACAGGAGUUUCAGGUUAGUUUUUCAACACAGAGCCUCGAGACUGGAGCAGCAUUAGGAUUAGCCCCUAACUUUAAGCUCUAGCUCUUUUGUUAUACAGAGGCGAGUAUUAUUGACCUUUAGCCUGCUGCUAAUCCCGGCCAAUAAUAACACGUCAAUGUAUUAUGUGAUUAAUUUAUAGCACACAACUAAUCAUUACAUAUUUUUAUAUAGGCUUAUCAGGCAGCAAACACAUUGUUGUAUAUUGUUGACAAGUUACUAACAGCUUAUUUCUUAUUACACACAUCUUGUUGCAACCAUAUAAUUCAUAAUGUUGCUAUGGAGUAAUAAGUAGCAGAAUAAGGAUCAAAAUAAGAAUCUAAGAUUCUUGUUUUGAGUAUUUAUCUUAAAUGUAAUAUUUUUGUUGUUAGUAAAAAAAAAAUUAUAUAUUCAUCUAAAAUACAUACUGUAAAAUAUCUCAAGUAAAAACUGUAUGCAGAAGUCAUAAUUUUUUGGUUUUAUAUUUUAAGUAUAGAUAAUAAUAAUAAUAAUAAAGGAAAGUAUAUAUGUAUGUAGAUAGCAUUGCCAGCAAAUUAUUCACACUUAUCCCCUAUAAAUAUUUUUUUAUAGCUUUGAUUUGUAAUUAAACAUUGAAAGAGUAGAGUGUCCCAAUACUUUUGUAGAUAUAAUGUAUGUCUCAGUCCUUAUAAAUAAAGGUCAAAUAAAUAAUAAAGGAACAGGGAGGGGUAUUUGAUAAGGUCAUAUUUUACAUAUUGUAGAGCUCUUAAAGCUGCCACCACCCUAUUUUUUUAGUGCAGGGGGGUUUCACUUCCUUCUACAGCUCGCUGAUUGAUUAGAUUUAUCUUCUCACACUCGUCUGUAAAAAAAACUCACUGAAGCAGCAAAUGUGUUCAUGCAUGUAAAUAGAUUAACCCUGGUUUGACGCAGAUGGAACUUUUCUAAUAAGAAUCGUAGGCGGUUCAAACAGGCUUGAUUUUUUUAUAGUACAGAUAAACAACUUUAAGGAAGCUGCAUUUACAUAUUUAGUUCUCUUCGUGUAUAAACAUUAUUAUUACCAGUAACUAGCAUUUUCUUUUCACAAUAAAGGUGGUCAAGCCAUGCAAACCAAUGUGAUGCAAUAAUAUUUCAUUUUUCAUUUAAUUCCAAAUAUAUAUUUUUGUAUUUUUUGCAGCAAACAUGUCAUGAAGUGUGUAAUGUGUCAAUGAUUUUAAAAUGCAUUUUUAAACAAUAAAAUGUUGGAAAUUU